CACCACGUGACGCGCGACCGACACAGCCUCGGACGUCAUGGCCGCGCACGCCAUGUCCGCGAACGCGCUCGUAGCUAAACUCGGGGGGGUCGCCGUGAACAAGGCCGCGACCGGCGCGAAGAAGUCGGCGUGCUUCACGGGCGGUGCCGCGGUCCCGCGCGCGUCCGUUCGCUCCGCCGCGCGCGUGAACGCGACCGUCCGCGCCGCGGUGUCGCUUCCGGACGGCGUCACGGUCGAGAAGAUGGGCAAGGACGUCUUCAACACGUCGUACUACCCCAAGGGCGAGGACACGGACAACUCGAGGAAGCCGUGGGUCGUCAUCGACGCCGCGGGGCUCCGCCUCGGCCGCCUCUCCACGCUGGUUGCGACGUACCUCCGCGGAGGGAACGUCGGGACGUACUCGCCGAGCAUGAACAUGGGCACGUACGUCGUCGUCGUCAACGCGUCGCAGGUUGUCGUGUCCGGCAAGAAGUUCGAGGAUAAGCUGUACAAGCGUCACGAGACGGGGCGGCCCGGGAGCAUGAAGGAGGAGUCGUUUAAGAUGCUCCAGGCGCGGAUCCCGGAACGCAUCGUCGAGAAGGCAGUGCGCGGGAUGCUCCCGAAGAACCGCAAGGGCCGCGAGCUUUUCACGCAGCUCAAGGUGUACGGCUCCGAGGAGCACCCGCACGCGGCGCAGAACCCGAUCGACGUCACCGCGGAGGUGAAGGAGCUGUGCUACUCGUCCGGGAUGAAGUCCGCGUGAGGUGAGAGAACGGAGGGUGAGAGCGAGGAGCCGAAGAGAUCUGAUCAUCAUCACCGCGGCGGGGAGCGCGACCGCAGACGUACCCAUAGCCACGUCGAGGGAGCUUUGUGAAUACGAUUCUUUGUG